AGGCGCUGGAGGCGGUGGCAGCGGGGGCGGCGGCGACCACGACCUGCUGUCGACUGCCAGUUCGGCGCUGCGCCGCCUGCAUUUCAAGUCAGCAGGCGGCAGCCGCACGCGCAGUAAACAGCAGCAGCAGCAGCAGCAGCAGGGGCAGGGCGUGCCCAAGGUGGUGAUCAUGGGUUCGAGCACGACGUCCACCUCGUCGAACAACACGAUCAACACGUCGACGGACUCGGCCAACACGGUGGCGACGCUCAUCACGGUGACGGACGGCGACUGCGACGACGAAGCCGACCCCGAGCCCGAGACGAAGGCCUUCUCGCCGCCGCCCGAGCGUCCCGCCGUCUCGGCGCAGCGCCGGCAGGAGCUGCUGGACGAGAUCUUCAGUAGCGUGAGCGCGCACGCGCCGCCGGAGUCCCCGCUGGUGCCGCCGCCUGCUCCGCCGGUGACGCCGCUCACGCCGCUGCUGGGGGCGUGCCGGCGAGACACGCGCUUCUUCGCGCGCAGCGAGGACCUGGACUCGCCGCCGCCCGAGGCCAGGGGGCCCGCCCUCGCCCCCGCCCCCGCCCCCGCCGCCCCCGCCCCACGCGGGCUGCAGCACCCGCACCCGCUGCCCGCGCUCACGCUGCGCCGGGCUUCCUCCGUCAGCACGGCGCCCACCGUCGUGGCGCUCAACCCCGACAAGGUCAGCCACCCGCUACACGUGAACCUUACCCAAUCUACAACACUACUUCUGGGCCCAUAA